AUGAUGCUGCAGAUGCUGCUGAUCGGCUGGGUCUUCGCCCUGCUCAGGGUGUCCCUAGGCCAGGCCCAGGUCCCCAUCCAGGCCAACUUUGAUGCCAGCCAGUUCCAGGGCAUCUGGUACGUGGUCGGGGUGGUAUCGGAUGACCAGGGCUUCCUGGACUCCAAGGACAAACUGAAGAUGCCCGUGGUCUUGGUGACACCCUUGCCCAAUGGUGACCUGGCCCUCAAGUUUGGGUACUCCACGCCCGAUGGCGGGUGCCAGAAGACGGACACAACCUUCACUAAGGGUGCUGUGGACGGGCAGUUCAGCAACGAGGCCAUGGCGCAGACCGACAUCCGCGUGGUGUCCACCGACUACAAGCAUUUCGCGGUGCUGUAUGUGGAGAUGCAGAAGCGGGGCGUCAGUAACGUCUGGCUGCAGCUAUACGCCCGCACCCCAGAGCUGUUUCCCGAAGGGGUCCAGAAGAUGCAACAGCUGGUACCCCAAGUAGGCCUGAACCCCAGCCAGGGCGCCCUGCUGCCCCGGUCAGACCAGUGCGCUGGUGCCUUCUCCUAG